GGAAACACCGAGUCCUCCAUGUUUUCGACAUGGAGCUAGAUCGGAGUAGUUUUGAUAUUUGCCGAAAAAGUUACAAAUAAAGUUAACAAUCGCGGUCUUUUGAGAAGUUCGCGACCGACGAAUGUUAUAAAUAGCAGAUGGAACCAACUUCUACAUACACGGAAUUCAGCAGACCAGCUGCCCCUGUCAAAGUGGAAUCCGCCGCACACAAUCACAAACCCCGGGAAAAUGACGUCUUAGCAUGCGAUGAAGAAGCCGAAGUGGCCUUCUACAGUCGAGAGGGGACGGAGGCCGACCUGACCCCGUCCUGCGGCCGAGGAGGAUGGGCCGAAGGGGGAGGGGAAGAAGAGGAAGAGGAGCUCAAGUACGGAGCCAAGCACGUCAUCAAGCUCUUUGUCCCUGUCUCCCUGUGCAUGCUGGUCGUCGUGGCAACCAUCAGCUCCAUCACGUUCUACCGACACACAAACACCUACCUGGUGUACACGCCGUUCACCGACCAGACCGUGGACACGGGAACUAAGGUCUGGCAGUCGUUUGCCAAUGCCUUUAUCCUCAUGGGUGUUAUUGUCGUCAUGACGAUUCUCCUGAUUAUCCUUUACAAGUUUCGUUGCUACAAGGUAAUUCAUGCCUGGCUUAUCAUCUCCUCUUUGCUGCUGGUGUUUCUGUUUGCCUACAUAUAUCUUGGGGAAGUCCUGCGUGCUUAUAACAUUCCUAUGGACUACAUCACAGUUGUGGUGGCCAUGUGGAACUUUGGAGUGGUCGGCAUGAUCUCCAUUCACUGGAAAGGACCCCUGCUCCUUCAACAAGCCUAUCUUAUAUUGGUGUCUGCCCUGAUGGCCCUCGUCUUUAUUAAAUACCUGCCCGACUGGACGGCCUGGGUCGUUCUCGGUGUUAUUUCCGUCUGGGACUUGGUGGCCGUCCUCUGCCCUAAGGGACCGCUGCGGAUCCUCGUCGAAACUGCGCAAGAAAGAAACGAGCCCAUAUUUCCAGGCUUGAUAUACUCUUCUGCUAUGGUGUGGUACGUGGCUGGCAUGGCCGAUCGAGACCCGUUCUGUCCGUCACAGAACCAGCACGGAAACCCCAGUGAUACUUCUUCGGCAUCCGCCGACACUCCCACAAACCAGGGCGAUGGGUCAGUGACAGUAGUGACGCCCCGGAUGCAGGACUCCCGCAGGAGGUCCCAGCGCAGAUCCCUCACACAUUCAGGCUCCGAUGAGCACCUGCCCGGGGAAGACGCCAACAGUCCUCCUGCCGUGCCUCAUCACGAGGAAGAGAGAGGUGUGAAAUUGGGUCUGGGAGACUUCAUCUUCUACAGCGUCCUGGUGGGAAAGGCUUCGUCCUACGGAGAUUGGAACACGACGGUGGCCUGUUUUGUUGCCAUUCUGAUCGGCCUGUGCCUGACACUGCUGCUGCUGGCGAUCUUCAAAAAGGCCCUACCAGCGCUUCCUAUCUCCAUCACGUUCGGCCUCAUCUUCUACUUUGCAACCAGUUCCCUCGUCCAGCCCUUUGCCGACAGUUUGGCCAGCGAGCAGGUCUUCAUCUGAUUUCACUUCUUCCACAUCGAGCAACAAUGUGCGCUAUAUAGUUUAUGUACAUAGAUUAUUAAUAUGCCAAUUUAUAUUAUUAAUAUGUGUAUGCCCGGGUAUUUUAUUAUGUUGCAUUGCUCAAAGCCAGGCCGUCAUUGAGACCAUACGUAGUUUAUAAGAAAUAAAUGAUAAAUAAUUAUAAGAAAUAAAAAAAAAACAGGAAAUAUAGCGACACCCCUUGACCCUCCACUCUUGAUUCAAGACCUAGAUCACCUUAUAUAUAAAAAAAACAUAUAUAUUUUUGUAUCCCAUGCUUCUGUGUGCCAUGCGUGGGAGCCACUGUGUCUUUAUUCGCAUUGUUCAUUCACGUGGAGCAAUUUAAUUGCAGAAAUUAGGUUAAUUCACAUUAUUUUCUAUGUCUUUAGGCCUCAAAGUUAGCCUAAACAGCGGUCUGUUCAUCGCACUUUAUGACCUUUUAUAGCAAGCUGUUGCAAGCCUAGCUAGUGCUAUUUUCUUCUUGUUAAUCUAAAUCUUUGUUUAAGCUGCUAGACAGGUUUUCUGUGUGAAAGUUGUGUAAGCUCAUGCAACAUGUGAACUGGAGAGAAAACACGUUUUUUGAAGACCUACUUGUUAUAACAAUUGUGCUGAUGUAUCACUCCAAACACGUUCUUUUUGUCAUCGUACAUAAUUUAUUUUACGUGUCUGAAAUGCCAAAGCUGCAAUGUUGAAAUGUGUUUUAGUUUGAAGAAGCUGUAGCCGAUGUAAAACGUAAUAAAAAGUGAGAACAUGUC